AUGUGACAAAUUCAGCUUCAGAUCCCCGUUACUAUGGCGCUCUCGCCAUUUUUAUCGAAUCCUUCUACUUCUGCUGCUUCGUCUUCUUGUUUUUUGCAUUCGCCAUCGCCAUCUUUCUGCUUUCUUCUUCGCCAUUCUGAAAUCCAAUCUUCAAUCGUUUUCACGCCUUCUAGAUUCAAAAUUUCUUGUUCUAACAACGCCAUUCAAGUUGACACUGAACCACCUCGCCGAAUCCGAGUGGAUUUUGAAGUGAAGAAGAAGCGGAAGCCCAGGCCUAGCUUCCUCGAGCAAAUUCGUAACAAGUGGUCGAUAAAACCGACUUCCUCAAGAGAUAAGUUCCCAUGGCAGCAGCAAAAACAACGGAGAGAACCUCCGGAGGAGGAGGAGGAGGAAGUGAUAGAGCAGGUUGGCAGCGAAUCUUCUGUCUUAGAACGUGAGCCGCGAAACGAUGCAACCCCAGCGGUUCGUGUUGCUUCUACAACUCGCGGGAUUUCGGCCCCUUGGGUUCACGGCAGCCAAUCCAGAGAUCUGCAGUUCGAUUUCAAUCGUGAAACGCCAAAAGGUGAAGUGUUUAAUGAGAUAUGCGAGAACUCUGCUAAUGGUGUAAGGAAUUUCGAUGCAAGUACGAAAUCUUUUGACGAUGGACCUUGUCGUGGUGGAGAAUCGAAUGGAGAAAUUGGCGAAAGUACUGAUGAAAUUUUGGUGGAAUUUUCGGAGGACGAGGAGGAAAUUAAUCCUGUACGUCUGAAUGUUCUACCGGCUAUAGAAGAACGUUCGGCGUCGAGCGAAAAUUUUGUACAGUCCGUCAGCUCUGGUAAUGAUUGCAGUGAUCCGGUUGAUUUGCCAUGGAAGAGAGAGCCGCGAAGGAAUUCUGAAGAAGCAGAUAAGAGAAGAAGCAAAACGAUAUUGGCUGAGCAAAUGCUUCCCGAGCACGAAUUGCGGAGGCUCAGGAAUGUUUCUUUGAGAAUGCUGGAAAGAAUAGAAGUGGGAGUUGCAGGUAUAACUCAAGAACUGGUGGAUACCAUUCAUGAAAAGUGGAAAGUAGAUGAAGUAGUCAAGCUGAAGUUUGAUGGGCCGCUAAUCGUCAACAUGAAGAGGGCGCACGAGACGUUAGAGAAUAAAACUGGCGGACUGGUCAUAUGGAGGUCGGGUAGUAUGAUAGUACUGUAUAGGGGAAUGACAUACCACUUGCCUUGUGUUCAAUCUUUUGCCAAACAAAAUCAAGCUAAAAGUUCUGAACUGAAUGGUUCGAAUAAUGUAGAAUAUCAUGCUACGGGUGAUGUAAAGGUUAAAAACGUAGUUGGAACUACAAAUACAAUUGUUGCUGGUGCUUCGAAGCAUCAAAAGACGUUAUCUAAAAGUGAACUUACGGAGUUGAAUGAGUUGAACCAUUUGUUAGAUGAGAUAGGUCCGCGCUUUAAAGAUUGGUCAGGCUGUGAGCCGUUGCCCAUUGAUGCAGACUUGCUUCCUGCUGUAGUUCCGGGAUACAAACCUCCAACUAGACUUCUGCCUUAUGGGGUGAGACAUUGUCUCAGGAAUAAGGAGGUGACAGUAUUCCGUAGGCUUGCAAGAAAAAUGCCUCCACAUUUUGCUUUAGGAAGAAGUAGACAACUGCAAGGUUUGGCCAAUGCUAUGGUGCAGCUAUGGGAGAAAUGUGCAAUUGCAAAGAUUGCUAUAAAACGGGGUGUAGAAAAUACACGUAAUGAGAGGAUGGCAGAAGAACUCAAGAUAUUGACAGGGGGAACGCUGCUCUCUAGAAACAAGGAAUAUAUUGUGUUCUAUAGAGGCAACGAUUACCUGCCACCCACUAUCACAGAAGCAGUGAAAGAGAGGCGGAAGCUAGCAGAUCUUCAGCAAGAAGUGGAAGAGCAGGUACGACAGGUGGCUUCACCUUCAGUUGAGUCAAAAGUCAAAGCUUCAAAUGUUCCAUUGGUUGCUGGAACACUUGCUGAAACCGUAGCGGCAACUUCUCGCUGGGGAAGCCAACGAAGCAGUCAAGAUAUUGAGAAUAUGAGAGAAGAUUCAGCUUUAGCAAAACUUGAUUCCCUAAUCAGAUACCUUGAGAAGAAACUAGCUCUUGCAAAGUGGAAAGUAAAAAAUGCUGAGAAGAGUAUAGCAAAAUUGCAGGGGAAGCAAGAACCAGCAGAUCUCCCCACUGAUUUAGAAACCAUAACUGAUGAAGAAAGACUUCUAUUCCGUAAGAUUGGUUUGAGCAUGAAACCAUAUCUGCUCUUAGGGAGGCGAGGUGUUUAUGAUGGCACCAUUGAGAACAUGCACUUGCAUUGGAAGUUCAGAGAAUUGGUAAAGAUAAUUGUGAGAGGAAAAACUCUACAACAAGUCAAACAUAUAGCGAUCUCUCUGGAAGCAGAGAGCGGUGGAGUGGUGAUUUCCUUGGAUAAAACUAUCAAAGGUUAUGCAGUUAUUUUCUAUCGUGGGAAAAACUAUACCCGUCCUGAUGCACUGAGGCCUAAAAACAUGUUGACAAGAAGACAGGCAUUGGCUCGAUCAAUUGAACUACAGAGGCGUGAGGCACUGAAGCACCAUAUUUUAGAUUUAGAAGAAAAAAUUGAUCUGCUGAAGUCUGAACUGGAAGAGAAGAGAAAUGGGAAAUGACUCUUGGAAGAAUAAUCUUUCUUUUCUGGUGGUAGAAAAUUAGAAACGACUUCAAGGGUUGUCCAUGUGUCCGGAUAUCAAUGUGGAGCCUGGACUUCUCAAAGAAUGCAGGAUUGUAGGCGAAAUUGGAUAUAUUUGGCGGUGAUGCCAAUUUUUGAUCGCUUUGAAACCGGGCAACUAGAGUAGACAUCACGAGAAAGGCAACAUUGGUGGUACAAAAUUCCUUUCAUUUUGGACAAACCAAUAUUAUUUUAGGACCAAGGUACGAGUACAUCCUAACAUUAUUAGUAUUGUUAAGAUAUCUUUAAUAGCACAGGAGGUUAACAUGUGCGACUGCUUUUGCCACAUCAAUAUCAUAGUCUCUCCUUACUUAGCAAUUUACAUUUGAUAUGCAGAGUAAAGACUGGGAGUAAAACAAUUAUCUUUAGAUCAACUUAUUUUAAUGUCUUACUCCUGCUAUAUAGAUAGAAAUAGUUAUUUGGUCCCUAGUUUCUUCACUAACCGAACCGACCUGCUUUACCCUUGGCUUAUAUUACAAAUUUUUCAUGCAAUUUAAAUCAAACCAUAGAAGAACCUUACCAUUUGUUAUGCUCAAGCUCAAUAUAUAUACACUUGAUGCCUUGAACCACAAAUUCAAGUCGUUAUUGGAUCUGUUAUUACGCAUGCCUCACACUUGUGUUUA